AUGGGCGCGCUGUACGGGUACGGGUGCGGGUGGGUUGGGAGGCCACCUCUUGCGGACGACAUCGGCACGAAGUACAAAAUGCUUGACCCUAGGUUCAACAAGCGUCACCGUGCCCGUUUCAUUGAGAAUGGAGUGAUGUUGCCGCCAUUGCGGAUGAGGGCUCACAAGACGACGGUUAAGAUGGAGUACGAGGAUCGGUACACAUUAUUCUUCAGGAGAGCCCAACUAUUGGGUUUCGUCCUGCAGUUCAAGCGUAAGCCGCCGACGCUCGUUCACUCAGCUCUCACGGCUUUGAUCGACCGGUGGCGGCCAGAGACGUACAUCUUUCAUCUUCCAUGCGGGGGAGAUGACCGUGACCCUCGAGGAUUGGGCGAUGAUUACGGCACUACCGCUCGAGGGGCGUGCUCUCACAGGAAGAGUGGAGAGGGCGAACUGGCACGAGAGGGUUGUCAGCCUCAUCGGCGACUGCCCCCCUCCCCCGCUAAGAGCAACCGGACUUCCGGCAUACCGCUGUCAUGGCUCCUCGAGCACCGGAGCAAGUGCCCGGAAGAUGCCGAGCCCCGGGUGGUGGAGCAGUACGCCAGGGCCUACCUGUGGUACAUUCUCACGGAGGUAGUGUUUCCGGACUUCUCCGGGAACUCUGCCCUAUGGAUGUAUCUCGGCUUCCUAAAGGACUGGGAUGCGGGGUACAGCUGGGGGGCCGCCGGACUCGCCUACCUAUACCGUUCGCUUGACGACGCGACCCAGAGAGCGGAAGUCACGUCCGGUAUGUGUGGAUGUGUAUGGGGCCUCUCCAUUUGGAUGCGGGAGCGAAUCCCGGUGGGCCGUCCGGAGAAGCUGCGCUCGCGUGCAUGGACGGACUAUGGCCAAGAUGACGAAGAUGAUCGGAACCCGACCGUCGCAUACGCUUGGGACGUGGUGCGUGUCUACACGGGCGAAUCGAAGGCCUUAUACAAGGUCUUCAGCAACGAGCUUGAUGCUCUCACGCCUUUCCAGGUUACUUGGCGGCCAUAUAGUGAUGAUCGAGAGUGGGGGUUCGAGCUGAACAACAUGUGCAAGCAGGACCGGCUUCUCUUCCGGUGGAUCGUGCCCAUGAUUUGUGUCUAUGCCGUGGAGUACCACUUGCCAUAG